AUGGUAAACGAGGGUGAGAACUAUCUAUAUGAAUUGGCCAAAUCACAUAUUGAAAAUGGAAGAAUAUAUGAUAUGGCAGAACCAUCAGAACGACCAAGUAUAGAUCAGAUUCUCAUACAACUUGAGAAAGCACUGGAAUCUCAACAGGAACAAGAAAAUCAUCAAGAAAAGAUUGAAGGCGCAACAUCCAAGAGCUUGAAGUUGGCUCACUUACAAAUCCCACUUGAAGAGAUAGUAUCAGCCACCAACAACUUUUCUGAUGCAAACCUUAUCGGACGUGAUGGGAUUGUCAUACAACUUGAGAAAGCCUUGGAAUUUCAAUGGAAACAUCAAAACCCUGCUUUCAUAUCAAAGGCUCACUCUAUGGUUAAGGGCAUGACUUCCAAGAGCUUGAAGGGGAAAGACUUGAAACACUUAGAGAUCCCACUCAUUGAUAUACAAUUGGCCACCGAGAAUUUUGGGAAGCUUGCCAAUGAUGCAAUUUACACCAAAGAAAAUAUCAACGGGAUUGCACCUGUCGCAAGACGUCGCUUCAAUGAGGGAACAAUUAGGGAAAUGGUAGAUCCUAAGUUGAUGGAAGAAACUCAUGACAACAUUUUCACUUCAAGUAGAGGACCCGACCAAGAUUCAUUGGAUACAUUUACAAAAAUUGCAUAUCAAUGUGUGGCUGAAUCUCAAACUGACCGUCCAACAGCAGAAGUCAUAAUUAAGGAACUUGAGGAAGCGUUAUCUUUACAAGAAAACAUCAAGGACCACCUCAAAUUCUCACUUGAUGACAUUAAAACUGCCACACAAGACUUCAGUCAUAACAACUUGAUUGGUCAUGGAGGAUUUGGGGAUAAAUCGUUGGAAUUCCAAGAGGACUAUGAAAUAUGGGAGCGCAAAUUGCCCGAUGAUUAUGAACAAAUAUUUAAAAUAUCCAAUUUUUUGGAGAUCUACUCCACUAAAAGGAAAAAGGACCUCCACAACUUGCUCUCCACAGGAAUCAUCCUUCAAAAAGGCACAAUGUGGUUUUCAGUAGGUGCUAAUGGAGAAAGAAAUGAAAUGAUAUCAGCAUGGAAGUUUUUAUACAAACAACGCCAGUCACAUAAAUGGAAAUAUGUUCCACACUCAAGAUUUCAAAAGGUAGCAGAGAUGCUAGAUUUUUCGAAUCUAAAGAUCAAAAUGAAGAUACAAACUCAAUUAUUAUCUCCGGGCGUCAAUUAUGGGAUUCAUCUCAUCUUUAGAAUUUGUGGUCCAAGAAAAUCUCUAGCUAAGCAGAUGUACGUAAACCUUAAGUACAAAAAGGGGAGAGGGAGCGAAACCUUACAUGCAUAUUUCGCAACAUGGAGAGAAGAUGAUUGGAUGAUGAUUGAACUGUGUCGAUUCUCAAAUGACAAGGAAAAUAUUGACUUGGAGUUUCUGCUAGAAAGCCUUUCACGAUACUAUUGUGGAAGCCAUGGCAUAUAUGUUGAAGGCAUUGAGUUUCGAGCCAUUGAUAAUGUGAAACAUGAAGAAACGGAUGAAAUACAAGAAGUGCAACAAGUCCUGAAAUCAGACUCAAACGUGAAUCUCAUGCAACAAUUGCCAACUAACCUUGAAGAAAUAUUUAAGAGAUCUGAAAAUGAGGAUGGAGAUGAAAAGCUGUUUUUGCUCAACGAAGUGAACGGAAAGAAAUAUCUUAUGCUUUCAGCAAAGGCGGCUCUUUACAACUAUUCUGAUGUGAAGCUUUUCAAAACAAAACCAUCAAUUCAAUCCAGAUUUCUAGAGGUGAUUGAGCUUCUACCACAACAAGUACUUCGUAUCAAUUGCAAGAUGAAAAGUCAAAUGUUAUCACGAGAUACAGACUACACGUGUUAUCUUGUGUUCAAGCUGUCAGAAAAGUGUCGUGGGCUGCAUUGUCCUGUGAAAGUACGAAAUCUACUUCACCGGAACAAGAAAGAGGUUGAAAUUAUUUAUUUUAGAUCCCCAAAACCAUGGAAUUUACAUGAUACUAAUCAAGCUCCACAACAAAGGCCAGAUGGAUGGAUGGAAGUUAAGUUAGAAUUUGUGAAGCAGUCGCUAUCUUUAUUUAAAAUUAGGAUAUCUAGAAGUAACUUCCAACAGGCUGACUUUCAGAAGAUCGAGAUGCCCAUAUUCGAUGGGGAAGACUCCCAUGGUUGGAUCGACCGGGUGGAACGCUACUAUGAGAUCCAAGGUAUUAAAGACACGGAACGACUCAAGACAACCUCCUUAUGCAUGGAGGGAUUAACACUAGCUUGGUAUAGAUGGGCUGAAAACCAAACACCUUUCCGGACUUGGGCGACUUUUAAACAAAGACUUUUAGCAAGAUUUCAACUCUCGUAUGAGGGGACCUUCGAGAAGAUGACGGGGCAUUUGGGCGAAUUUCCAGAACAGGUCUUGGAAGGAACUUUCAUCAAAGGGCUAGAACUAGCACCCAAAUCAUCAAUAAGGGUCAUGCAACCCAAGGGUGUGACCCGCACAAUGGUAUUAGCGGUUAUGAUCAAUGAAAAUCGACCUGACGAGGAUGUGACAGAAAAUUGUGGGGAAUUAGGAGACAAUCCACAAUUUCAUCAAUAUUCAGUUGCAGAACUGAGAUUCCACCUCGAGGACAAGGUGUUUGUUUGGAAGGGGAGUAAUGAUACGACUCAACGAUUAGGCUUUGAUGAUCUUCAAAUCAAGUAUGUUGCUAGUGAUUGGGUAUAUUUGACAUUUUUGUCCGAAGAAGUCUGCGCCAGGUUCAAGAAAUGUAAUGGUAUUAAGGCCUAUUUUUCUUUGUUUAGGCCUGUUGUAAAUGGGUUUUUUGUUAAGGAAAGAGCUGUGUGGAUUGAGAUGAUUGGGUUGCCUUGUUGUGCAUGGAAUGAAGAUGUUGUUUCUAAGGUAACUAGCAUGUGGGGUGAUGUAUGUUUUCUAGAUGAUGAUGGGGAUGCUCCAUUGGCAAUCAUGAGGGCGUGUAUUAAGACUUCUAAGCUGGCUUUGAUUCAUGAGACAGUUAAAGUGGUUGCCCAAGGUAUUGAGUAUGAUGUGGCAGUUCGUGAAAUUUCUAAUUGGGAACCAGAUAUAUUGGAAGAGGGGGAGGUGGGCUCGGAUAUUCCAGACUUGUCAGAUGAAGAGGAACCCAAGGAUUUUUUUGGUGAAGAUACGUGUGAUAUACAAAAAGAUUGUCAGGAGGGUAACGGUAAUGAGGAGGUGGCAGAUUCUCUCAAUGUGGAUAACACUCCAAAUUUAGGUGAUCGAGGAGCUGGUUUUGUAGAUAGAAAAUGUCAUUUUUUUCAAACUAGUGGAAGGAAGAAGAAGGUGCAUAGAUGCUUUGAAGAUGAUGAGCGGGUCAAAUCGAUCCUGGUUGAUGCAUCGGUGAAGUCGCCGACUAGGCCCGAGAGGGAUUCUUCGCCGGCUGAUGAGGAAAUCCGUCAGGGUGGAGUAGUGGGGGGUGGGACUUCGGAAUCUUUAUCUCAAUCUCCAGGGUUCCAGCGUGAGAAGUUACACGGGAAUUUUAAUGUUAAUGCCUCGGCGUCGAGAUCCUCUGGUUCACAUGGUUCUUCUAAGUUGUUAAAGAAAAAAGUUCUGGUGGGUGUAGAAGAUAUUGAGGAUGUCUUGAAACAAUAUUUUGAAAUGGGUGAUCUUCUUGGGUAUGAUAUGAAAUCUCAUAAGGAUAAGGUUUCUAAAAUCUUGUCUAGCAUUGGUGUGGUACAAGUGGAUAGAUCAAUUGUCUAUCUUUGA